AUGUUCGUUUCUGAUCUUCAUAUUGUACUGGAUAGCAUUUUGCAAGAUGCAGUUCAAAAAUAUGAAGGGAAGUCGUGGAAGAAAAUAGGCAACUGGAUGCCUCCCUGGUCGAACGGAUGUGCAGUGCUUGCAUCGUUGGCAGAAAGUUAUAAAUCCGGCCUGGUUAAAGGGCCAUGGAGUAAGGAGGAAGAUGCUAUUCUCAUUGAGUUGGUUGAGAGGUCCGGUGAGAAGAAAUGGUCUGAAAUUGCGGAACAGCUUCCAGGCCGGAUGGGAAAGCAAUGCCGGGAAAGGUGGUGCAACCAUUUGAAGCCGGAGAUAAUUAAGGCACCGUGGACAGACGAGGAGGAAAGGACUCUGAUCAAUGCUCAUGCUGAAUAUGGGAACAAAUGGUCCAUAUUAGCCAAGCUUUUACCUGGCAGGACUGAGAACUCGGUUAAAAACCACUGGAACUGCUCUCUGAAGAAGAGACUCUGUUGCAAUCCAGCCUUUAGCUCCGUUGCAAAUCAUCCUCGAUUAUAUGUACCUCCUCUGCAAGCCAAUACUAAACGAGUUGCUCGCGAUUCAACAGAAGCAAACCAAACUUCAAGCAGCACUAAUUUGGAUAGUGGGAGCAACAUAGAAUUGAGUUCCAUGGAUUUGUUUCAUGUAAACCAUAGCAAUUUAUCAUUUGCUUCGGGAAAUGCAGUGCCAUCAACUUCCAGCAAGACUGUGAUCAUGGAUGACAUGUCAAAGGCCUUGAAUCAUGGUACUAGAAAGACUGAAAUACAGGUUUUACUUCACUUAUGA